GGGUUUUUAUUUUCCUAAUCGCCGACGCCGAUUGCCGUCAACCUUCAAAUCGUCGCUCAUCACCUUUAUUAGCAGUUAUCGUCGGUUGACGAUUCACCGGUCCAGAUGAGGGUGAAAAAGCAGAAGCGGCAUAGGAGAGCUGUGAGGUUUUACACAGCUUGUUUUGGGUUUAGAGAGCCAUUUAAAAUCUUCUGUGAUGGAACAUUUGUGCAUCAUCUCGUUGUUAAUCGCAUAACACCUGCUGAUACUGCAUUGACAAAUAUUCUAGGUGCCCCAGUUAAACUAUUUACCACAAGAUGUGUUCUUGCGGAGUUGAAGAGCCUUGGUGCUUCCUAUCAGGAAGCACUGAAUGCAGCUAAUAACCUUUUUACUGCACGAUGCGACCAUGAGACGCGGAAAAGUGCUGAAGAUUGCAUAACUGAAGUUAUUGGGGAGAAAAAUUCUGAACACUUUUUUGUUGCUACUCAAGAUGCUGAUUUGCGUAGAAGUCUUCAAAAGAUACCUGGUGUGCCCGUAAUUUUUGGUCUGAGGAAUGCAUUAUUUCUCGAACAACCAUCAUCAUUUCAACGUGAAUUUGCCAAAUCUUCUGAAGAAGAACGUCUUCAUAUGACUGACCUGGAGUACAAUAUGCUUAGACAAAACAAAAAGAGGAGAUUGUCCGAUGACAAACAAGGGGAUUCUUCCGAUGCAUCAGAGGAAAAGAUAGAUGAUGUUUCACAGGUUCAGAUUAUCAAUACAAAUGUUAAGAGGAAUGGAAGUGAUGUCAAGGAUAAAGUUCGCUUCAAGAGAAAGAAAGCUAAGGGUCCAAAUCCACUCUCUGUCAAGAAGAAGAAAAAGAAGUCUGGGGAUACAAAUUUUACGACCUCGGGAAAGGAAAACAAGAAUGGUGAGGGAACUGUGAGAAGCAGGAAGAGAUCAAGGAAGAGGUCGCGCAAAAAUGUUGUUGAAGGAAAUGCUUAGUGUUGAAGGCUUUGUAAUAUCAGGAGGAAUUUUGAUAUCAAGCAUAGUACAAUCUUCCAGAGGAAACACUAUAUUUAUCAAAGGAAGUGUUAACUUGAAAGACAACAAAUAUUAUGAGAACACAAGGGUCUAUUGCUAAUUGUGAUCAAUUUUGAAUUUUCUAUGAAUUUUGCCCUUAUAAGAACACUAGACAUAGGUUCCCGUGCUAGUACGGGCCCAAUAUCUACUAUUUUUUAAUUUUAAUUAAUGCGAUAUAGAUAGAAUUAGAAAGUUCAUUAAAUUUUAAUAUGAUUUUUAGAUUUUUAAGUUAA